AUGGCGCAAACUUCCAUGCCAGUGUCCAAAGAGGUGGUGGUGGUGUGCAAGCUGCCGGUGUUCCCUGGGAGACAGGAGGAGUCCAAGGCUAUCGAAAGGGAGGAGCUAAAAUUUAGUGCGCCAUCUACGCCAUUGUCGGCAGCAACACUCGAAGCUGCAUGGUCUGCAUCACUCUGCUUGUACACCAAUCUAUCGCAGAUCGCCUUCCAAAUCAAAGCUGCCAACGCGAAGAUUGCGAGCAGAUCGUGCGAAAUACUGGAAACGACUGAGCUGCGAUCCAUCUCGAGCGGCCUUCGCAGCCAUGAAAACGCGUCGGAUUUGGCCGAGCAGGACCAGAGCAACACGGCCAUUGUAUACGCACGUAGCGAAGACGUCGUCUCCGCUGAUGGAGGCUCAACCCGAGAGUCUGCAGUUUCAGAAAAACUCUUAUGGCAGGGCGUUGAUCUCGCCUUGGUUGUCGAGCCAUCGGCAUACACCCUGAUUUUCCGUCGCAAUUUCAUGUCCAACCUGGAAGCCAGAAAUUUUGGCACAACUCUUUCGUGCACGCUUGAUGCUCUCCUGGAAAUUGAUAGCUCCAAGGUUUUCAGAGACCUCGGAAUCAGCCAGCACGACUUGCAAACCAUGCUGGAAUGGAACAAGAUAGAAUUCAUAUCCAAGAAGUCCUUGGUUCAUGCCGAAUUCGCUAGGACGGUUGAUUCACAGCCUGAUGCCGAGGCAAUCGAUUCAUGGGAUGGCCGAAUGACCUACAGAGAGCUUGAUACUCUUUCCACAAAUAUAUCAAGAGAGCUGCGACGCCGCGGAGUCGGCAUCGGAUCGUGGGUUCUGGUUUGUUUCAACAAAUCACGCUGGCCUGUCGCCUCUAUGCUGGCUGUGCUCAAAGCAGGCGCGGCCUUCGUCCCAGUGGAUCCUAGAUUUCCAGAAUCGCGUAUACGACAGAUCAUCGGGGUCACAAAGGCCAGCCAUGCGGUGGUCGCCGAGGAUGAUCUUGCCGCGCUGCUAAAGAGAGCAUCAUCAGAACUGCAGGUCAUCCAAGCCACCCGGAUCAGUGCCGCAGAUCCAUCGACCGAAGGGCAUACUGAGGAUCUUGUAAUACAACCACAUCACCCUGCGAUAUGCUUAUUUACAUCUGGAAGCACUGGAGUGCCCAAAGGCAUCAUUGCCCCUCAUGCUGCAGUCUGCACCGGGGCUUGGGAGUUUGGAAGGGUCGCCAACGCAACCCCUGCAGAGCGCAUGCUUCAGUUCGCAUCAUACACGUUCGACAUGUCCUAUGCGGACAUAAUCACCGCCCUGCUGCAUGGUUCCACACUCUGCAUUCCAUCCGAGGAUGACCGUAUGGGAAAUCUUCAGGAAUACAUCCAACGCUCACGCCCAACGUGGGCAAACCUGACGCCCACAGUGGCACGGCUUCUCGACCCUGCUGUUUGCUGCAAAACAAUAAAAAAGGUGCUGUUGGCCGGUGAGCUGGUUAAAGAGUCAGAUGUUGCUGGCUGGAUAGAUCACGGCGCGGAGGUGUAUAAUGUCUAUGGCCCAGCCGAGAAUAUCCUCAUCAUGAAUUUUGGACCUAUUUUCAAAGGAGCUGCUUACAGCACGUCUCGACCAAGGAAUUCUCGCCUUUGGGUUGCCGACUUGGAAAAGCGUCGCCUGAUGCCACUUGGCGCCGUUGGCGAACUGAUAUCUGAAGGACAGCAGAUUGGAGAUGGAUAUCUAAACGACCCAACUCGAACGGCUGCAGCCUUUCUGUCCGACGUCGGAUUUAUCCCGCAUCCGACGCCUGAGCAACCAUUUCCACGGCGAUUCUACAAAACUGGUGACCUGGGACGACAAUUCACAGAUGGCUCGUUCGAGGUAGUUGGUAGAGUCGACUCGCAAGUUAAGAUUGGAGGCCAGCGCGUGGAACUUAGUGAUAUCGAGUCACAUAUUAAGACGUGCAGCGCGGCUGUGGUUCUUCCCAAAAAGGGACCACUGGCUAACCGGCUAACUGCAAUCAUCGAAGAUCAAAAGAGGCAAGACGCAGAUGAUUCUUACUUCACAACUCCUGAUUCAGCAUUGGUGGAGGAGACACGUAAAAAGCUAGGCGAAAGCCUUCCUCCGUACAUGGUCCCAUCCCACUGGCUGGGAAUCGAAAACUUCCCAUACUCUACCUCGUCAAAGCUGGAUAGGAAACUUCUCCUGAACAAGGCUGAGACCCUGUCCCAGGAACAACUGAUUCGUCUCACCCAAACGGAAGACGAUUUGGAAGUUCAACAGACAGUCUCUCUCAACCAAGUGGAAACGCUCCUUCAGGAAAUCUGUAGCCAGAUGCUCAACCUUCCGAAGGAAAGAGUCAUCAUGACCCAGUCUUUUACUAAGCUCGGAGGAGACUCGAUCACAGCUAUGCAAAUUUCUGCCGCAACAAGGAAAUCCGGCGUCGGAUUUCUUUCUGUCAAGCAUAUCUUAACAUCGAAAUCGCUCCUGGACGCUGCUGGCCAUAUAACAGAGCAAAAGUCUUCACAAUUGGAGAUCCCAGUGAUUGAGGCGGAACAGCUCUUCCAUCUUUCACCGAUGCAGCAAUUCUUCGUAGAGACAGCGCGUACUUCUUCAGCCUGGCAUCACUACAACCAGAAUGUUCUCUUGCGGUUGACAGUGGAUGUGCAGCCGCAAAUCGUCCAACAGGCGCUAGCCGAUAUCAUCCAGCGGCACCCCAUGCUGCGUGCGCGGUUCCGAGCCUCUUCAGAUGGCGAAUGGAUGCAAUACAUUGCUGCUGCGAAAGAAUCUGAGUCCACAUUAGAAGUCAUUUCGGACCCCGUAUCAAGGGAUGAGCAAAAGCAAAGAAUGCUUCAAGCGCGGCAGUCACUCAAUCUGUUCGACGGCCCCAUCGUGCGCGCGCAACUUUUCACAAACACCACUGGAAAAGACUCGUUGCUGUUCAUCGUUGCGCACCAUAUUGUAAUCGAUUUGGUCUCUUGGAGAGUCAUCGUGGAAGAACUAGAAGCUUUCAUUGCUGCCCGGCUCAGGACACAUAGCCAGGCAAUUACGCCCAUCUCACACGAUCAGUCGCAAUCAAUUCACUUUUCUGCCUGGGCUGAGCUACAAAGGCGGUACAGCCGCCGACUCGUUUCUGCACAGACGAUCCCAUAUGGGCUAUUAGUGCCUGACACCGACUUUUCUUUCUGGGGGAUCUCGCCGUCUCAAAAUGUGUACAGCGAUGUGCAGGAAACACGUAUUGCUCUCGACUCAUCGCUCACGUCUCAGUUUCUCCACGAAUGCCAUCGCACGCUUCGAACAGAGCCUGUAGAUAUAAUCUUGGCAAGUAUCUUCAUGUCAUUCAGCAAAGUAUUUCCAGAGUACACGCUGCCUGCUAUCUUCAACGAGUCUCACGGAAGGGAGCCAUGGAACGACCAGAUUGACAUUUCCCAGACCGUGGGAUGGUUCACUGUCGUCGCGCCUAUUCUCUUGGAGAACGCCAAUACUGGCAAUGUUGUGGACGUGGUUCGCCGCAUCAAAGACUGGCGUAAAGCAAUGCCCGUCAAGGGGUUUCAGUACUUCUCAUCCAAGUACCUCACUGAAGAGGGACGAUCGGCUUACAAAAGCCAUCUGCCAGCUGAGAUUCUCUUCAAUUACGAGGGUCGAUACCAAUCUCUAGAAAAGAGAGAUGCGAUUCUCAAACCUGAAUCGUGGACAGCAGGCGAGGAGUUGGCGGACAUGGGUCCCAAUCUUCAGAGGUUCUGUUUAUUUGAGUUAUCGGCCGCUGUUCUUUCCGAUGGAAAGCUGCAUCUGACAAGUGCAUGGAACUCCAAAACACGGCAUCAAGACCGAAUACAGUCUUGGCUGGAGUCUGCUCUGCCUUCCGUUCUACAGGAUGUCGUCGCAUCGUUAUCCCUUGAACAAGAGCAACUGACUCUUGACGAUAUCGGACAACGCACCACCAUGGACUAUUUCGAGGUUGAUUCUCUUGCGCAAACGAUACUCACCAUUCCAGAAGUCAAGAGUCUUAACGACGUCGAGACGAUUCUGGACGGAUCUCCAAUGCAAGAUUCUUUGGCCUUGAGCCAGGUAAAAGCUACCAAUGUGGACGCGUACGAGAUCGACUUCACAUGGGAGGUCACGAAAAGUCACUUUGAUGGAGCAAAUGAGGCUAUCGGCUCCGAUCAGCUCCUAGCAGCUUGGCAUGAGACAGUGGCAUCCCAUUCCACACUCCGGACGGUCUUCUUGGAAUCGGCAAGUGCCACUGGGUCGAAUAUGAUUUACCAAAUUGUUCUCAAGAAGCAUGCAGCAUGCGCUAUCCUUCUCAAAGCGGAGAACUCUCAGGAUGCACUCCAGCAACUGAGCAGCUAUACGAUGUACCGAGACCAAGGCCUCUUCGCUGACAGGAGGCCCCCGCAUAGGCUCCUUAUCUGCUCAACCUCUGAUGGGAAGAUGUUUGUGAGGCUUCAGGUGAACCAUAUUCUGUUCGACGGAAUGUCUCAGAUGCCAUUGCUGAAAAGCCUUUCAAGAGCAUACUCCAAAAGUGCACCGGCUUUGGAUAGCUCACGAAACACCUUUGGUGAGUUCAUACAUUACAUCCGCGACCCACAGCGACGGAACCGCAGUCUGUUAUACUGGCAGGACCAUCUCAAGGGCGCCAAGCCAUGUCUUUUCCCUCAUUUGUUAGACACCAGGAUGGACCAGGAGGCACCCAAGUCCCAGAAGCUGCAGAGAUGCCACGCGCCAGUGCAUCUAGAGGUGCAACUAUCAGACCUACAACGCGUUGCAGGCAAUUUACAGGUGACCAUACCAACUCUGGUUCAUUUAGCAUGGGCGCUCGUGCUGCGGCUGUACACGGGCGAGAACCAUGCUGUAUUCGGAUACCUGGCUUCAGGGCGCGAUGCCCCUAUCGACGGCAUCGAAGACGCAAUUGGACCGUUUAUCGCCAUGUUUGUCUGCUUCGUGAACUUUGGCCAGGACGCAGAUUCGUCUUUGGUCGAGUUGAUGAACAAAAUGCAGGAGUCCUCAGCCGAUGCCAUUGCCCAUCAAGGAACCUCUCUCGCCGAGAUUCAGAGCGCCAUAGGAUUGCCAGGCAACUCCUUGCUAUUCAACAGCGGUAUCUCAUUCCUGCCUAAGCUUUCGCGACAAUCUCAGAUAGACCGCGGCCAUGAUCUGGUCUUUGAUACUAUCGCGGAGAAGGACCCCACCGAGUUCGACUUGUCUCUGUUUGUUGAACUCGAUGAUCUUGAGGGACAAAUUGCGAUGCGCUUUGACUUCUUGGGUUCGGCCUUUGGGAGCGAGCACAUCAAGAAUGUGGCUGGCUCACUUAGUCACAUGCUCUCAGAGUUAGUCCGCAAUCCUCAUCAAAGCCUGCGCCAAAUUUUGAAGCCGGGCAAAUGCGACAUGGCUUCACUGCUUCAGUGGAAUAGCCCCUUAAUUACUGCCCAGGAAAAAUGCGCGCACGAUAUCUUUGCCGAACGGGUGCGAGAGUACCCAGACAGAGAGGCAAUUUACAGCUGGGAUGGAGUUAUGACGUACAAGCAGCUUGAUGACGCAUCUACCUCUGUCGGCCGACACUUGGUGCAUUACGAUAUUGGCCCAGAGGUAUUGGUUCCGGUGUGCUUCGAGAAAUCGCUUUGGACAGUUGUUGCUAUACUUGGUAUCCUCAAAGCUGGGGGCGCAUUUGUGCUACUCGACCCAGCACACCCAGAAGCACGUUUGUGGAACCUUAUCAACGAAUUGGAAGCAUCGGUCGUGGUAUGCUCGCCCUUGACAGCAGAAUCACGAGGCUUCAAAGCCCGUGCGCCCACCGAAGGUAGAACCAUCUCCAUCAUCGAGAUCAGCCAAGGGCUGGUUGAUGAGCUGCUUUCUUCCGCAAAAAGCGAAUUGGACAAUGUACCAGUAUGCGAGUCAGUGAAACCAGACAACCUCAUGUACGCAGUGUUCACUUCUGGUACCACGGGCACACCAAAGGGCACUCUGAUAACGCACCGCGCAUUGGCCACUGGAUUGAGAGAACAUGCGGUUGCUACGGGCAUGACGUUGCUAGGACCCGACACUAGGUCCUUACAAUUCGCAUCGUACAGUUUUGAUGCGUCAAUCGGUGACAUCUUUACCACCAUUGAAGUAGGUGGCUGUCUUUGCAUUCCGAAAGAAGAAGACCGUAGCCCGGCCGACGUCACAGCUUUCGUGGCAAGAAGCAGGGCCACUUGGGCAGGUAUCACUCCUUCCUUUGCAGCCCUACUAGACCCGCCAUCUGUAGCCACUCUGAAAGCCCUCUGCCUGGCAGGCGAACCGCUUUCUGUGUCGCAGGUCAACGCAUGGGCUAGCCGCCUUCAGUUGAUCAACAUGUAUGGUCCUACUGAAUGCACGGUGGCAUGCGUAUCACACUCGGCCGUCACCCGGGAGAUUGGCGCAUCGAACAUCGGACGUGGAUACCGCUGUGCUACAUGGAUUGUUGAUGAGAACGAUCACCAUACCCUCCGGCCAGUAGGCGUUAUUGGCGAGCUGCUCAUCGAAGGACCUAUACUGGCUCGAGGCUACCUCAAGAGGCCGGAGACCACGGCGGCAGUGUUCAUCGAUAGCCCCGAAUGGCUCCAGGGCAUUCGGGCAAACAGCAAGCUCUACAAAACAGGAGAUCUAGUCCGCUACAACUCUGAUGGAACAUUGAACUUCAUUGGAAGGAAAGAUACACAGAUCAAGAUCAACGGCCAGCGUGUUGAGGUUGGUGAGAUUGAAACUGUACUGAGCACCGGCCUCAAGCGAGACGACAGCCCUAUCAUUGUUGAUUUGCUCAAGCGGGCUAGCCUCGGGGAGAGUGACUUGCUCGUUUGUUUUGUCUGCGUAAGGCCCGACGUAGAGGCUUCUGCGAGCGAGGAAAUCAUUCCUACGGAUUCAGACGCGAUCGAGAAGCUACGUACUGUGGUAGCUAAGAUACUGCGUGAUCCGUCUACAACAUCAUCGCUCCCGCGAUACAUGCUUCCCCAAGCAUAUAUUCCGAUCAACAGGAUCCCGCUCUCCGUAUCUGGAAAAACAGAUAGACGCGCUCUGCAAGCAGCAACGUCUGAACUGACCCGUGCACAGCUGGUUGGGUACACAGCAGCACUUACCGUUUCGGCCGAUGAUGAUGACCUCGAUACCGAUGCAGAGGUACUUCUAAGCAGUCUGUGGGAGAAGGUUUUGAAUGUUCAAGUGACCAGCAAGAGAAGCAACUUCUACAAUCUCGGAGGAGAUUCAGUGAUUGCCAUGCGACUGAGGGCGGAAUGCCGACGCGUUGGGAUCGAUCUUUCCAUUGCAGAAAUCUUCACCAAUCCAGAUCUCGUCGACAUGGCAGGACUUUUGACUCUCGCCUCAAGUCAAAUCUCGUCAACAGCCUCUUCGGAUCUGGUCUCGUCAAAUGCAUCGACAAUCAGCGAAGACCAUUGCAGCGAGCCAUUCUCGCUAGUGCGCCAUCUUGACAUCAAGCUCGACAACAAAUCACUCCAAGAGAUCGCGGCAGAAUGCUCGUUAUCUGUCGAAGACAUUGAGGACAUUUAUCCCUGCAGCCCCAUGCAAGAAGCGUUGAUGGCUUUAUCUGCCUCAGAUCCUAAACAGCAAGCUUACUGCCUCCAUGCAGCCUUCACCUUCCCUCCUGGAAUGGAUAUUCAUCGUUUCCUCCAAGCAUGGGAGCAUACCAGUGCUCGAUUUUCAAUACUGAGAAGUCGAAUCAUCUUGGGGCCUUCUGGUAGCUUUGUCGUCGUCGCUCGAUCUCCUCUCGCAGCUUAUUCUGUCACCGGAAAAUCAUGUGCAGAAGAGAUGGAGUCACAACGGAGUCAAGCAUUCUCCUACGGAUCCCCACUGCUCCGAUUGGGUGUAGUUUCAGGACAAGAGGGUACCCCGAGUUCCUUCAUCGUCAGUAUUCACCAUGCAGCCUAUGAUGGUUGGUCAAUGAGAUUGGUCUGGGACGCUGUCAUUGGUUUCUUCCAUGGAACCCCAGGUCCAGUUGACCGCAGCCCGCCGUUCCAAUCAUUCAUCAAGGAGCUCAAUAUGCAAAGCACGUGGCCUUCUGAAGGUUACUGGAGGGGUCAGCUGAUUAGUCAAGACGAAAACGGCUUCAAGUGGCCACCGGUGACGAGCUCCCAUAAGCCGUCUGCAAGUUCAAGCAAGAAGUUCCACUUCGAUUACAGUGUAGAGACUAGUCGAAAUCUUUCUGUCACCCCAGCCGAUCUUGUCAACGCCGUGUGGGCCAUGACACUCGCGAGGUACUCCGACAGUACUCUGGUCUCGUAUGGCGUUACUCUAUCAGGCCGAGACAUUGAGCUCUCCGGUAUCGAAGAAAUUGUUGGACCGACCAUUGCUACUGUCCCCAGGCAAGUAGAAGUCCGACAUAAUAUGAGCCUAGCCGACUACUUGCGAUCAUUACAACAAGUGAUCAAUUCAGCAUUGCCUCAUCAGCAUCUGGGUCUCCAAAAGAUCCAAAGCCUAAGUCCAGCUGCUCGGGAGGCUUGCGACUUCAACACACUACUGGUUAUUAGUCCGGGUUCGCUUACCGACAACUCCCUUCUCAACGACCUUGGAAUUGUUCCCUUGCCUAUCGAUUCGGCAGAUUUCCAUCCCUAUCCUCUUGUCCUUGAAUGCAGUAUUGAAGACGGUUCACUGAACAUCGAAGCCGCCUUUGAUCCUCGCUGCAUUGAUGAACUGACUCUUAUCUAUGCAAUGCAGCAAUUCGGCCACAUUUUGCAAAAUGUCGGAAAUUGUAGCUCGAGCUCAGCACAUUGUGACAUUGGCGGCCUCAUGGCGACAGCUCCCGGCCAUAUCGAAACCAUUCUCAGUUUCAAUUCAGGAAAGCCAGAGAACUUUGCACCAAGAUUUGUGCAUGAAAUAGUAGAGCAAACCGUUCAGGAGUACCCAUCUGGCAUGGCUGUAGUUUCUCACGACGCGACUUUGACAUAUCAGCAGCUGGAUACGUUUGCCAACAUUCUGGUGGACCACAUACUCGAGCGCAAACCUGAUAACAGUCAAUCUUGUUUUGUUGGCCUACAUAUCGACAAGUCAGCAGCCGCAUUGGUAUCGAUGCUUGCAAUCCUCAAAGCAGGCUGUGCUUUUGUACCUCUUGAUCCCACGCAGCCCGCGUCGCGUCUUGAGUCUCUAGUCGACUCAGCGAAUAUCGAGGUCAUCUUGACUUCUCCAAAUCACGCGAAGAAGUUGGGAGAUAUAUUCCCACGUCGCUGUGUAUUACCGAUUGAUCUAUCUUCACUCUCCCCCUCUGCAACAAGACCUAGCGGUUCCAGGCAGCGCGAUACCCAGGCUUCUCCUGCAGACCAGUUAGCAUACCUCUUGUACACAUCUGGAACUACCGGCAAGCCAAAAGGAGUUGAAAUCGAUCAUGCAGCCUGGUCGAGUGCCAUAGCUUUCCAGAAAGAUCACUUCAAAUUGAGCUCGACCACACGCAUGCUGCAGUUCAGUAACUUCACUUUUGAUGUCAGUCUUUUCGAGAUUUUCACCACGCUGGCUGCUGGAGGUUGUGUAUGCGUUCCAUCCGAACAGGCACGCAUGGAUGAUUUGGCCACGUCGAUUCUCGAGAUGCAGGUCAAUGUGCUAUCAUUGACACCGACCGUUGCGAGACUCUUGAACGGCGACGCACUUCCAGAUGUGAAACUCGUCGUUUUCGCUGGAGAGGCUUUGGCACAGCCAGAUAUUGAUGCUUGGGUACAGCCCGAACGACGCAUUGUCAAUGCGUAUGGCCCUACCGAGGCGUGUAUCUAUGCGACCGCUAGAGACAUCAUGCAGGGCGGUGAUCAAAAAAGCAGCCGCAACAUCGGAAAGGGACUCGGCGUAGACGUAUGGGUCAUGAAGCCCGAAUCAAACACCCUCGCGCCAAUUGGUGCGGUGGGUGAGCUUUGUAUUAGUGGUCAACAACUCGCACGCGGCUACCACAGCAUGGAAGAGGCUACACUACGCUCUUUCACCCAAGAGUCUUUCAGUGCUGCCCCUGAAUCAACGCACACAGUGCGGAUUUAUCGCACUGGAGAUCUGGUUCGAUACGAGUCAGAUGGGAGUCUUGAAUUCCUCGGCCGACGAGAUGGCCAAAUCAAGAUCCGCGGUCAGCGCAUUGACGUUGGCGAGGUGCAGUACCACAUUCAAAGGUCCAUGGCUGCCGACACGCUCUUCCGCCAUUGCACUGUUCAGCUCUACAAACCAUCAGCUGGUGAUCCUCAGCUAGGUCUAGCCAAGGCAGAUCCGGUAUUGGUAGCAUUCCUUGUCAUGGAGCUGGACUUUGUCGACGCGCUAUCUGGUGUGCAAUUCUCUCAUCUGCGCACUGGAAAUGCCGACUAUCCCAACAACAUUGCCACCAAAUUGCAACACAGCCUUCGAGCGGUGCUGCCGGCAUACAUGGUACCCUCGAUAUUCGUUGCGUUGGAUAGACUACCAAACACCGCCUCAGGCAAGCUCGACCGUGGCUUCAUUGCAACAUGUCUCGGCUCCCUCAAUUACGAGAAUUCAAACAGCGAUGUUGCCAAAGUUGAUCGCCCGCUGGAUGGAAAAGAGGAGAUGCUACAGGGCUGGUGGGAGCGCUUACUGGGAGUCGAAAAGAAUCUUGUGACUGCUAACAGCGACUUCUUUUCUCUGGGAGGCAACUCACUCUCUGCAAUCAAGCUGGUCAGUCUGGCCCGGUCGCUUGGCUACAAGACGACCUUUUCCGCCAUAUUCUCCAACCCCCUACUUUCGGACAUGGCGACUCAAUUUGAGCCAGUGCUGGAAGAUGCGGCUGCUUCCCAACUCCCUGUCGGUGUUCCUGCAUCAAUGAAGCUGGAUCUGAUCUCUGAAACUGAAGCACGAACCGCCAUCGACUAUACGCUACCGACAUACGGCAUUGACUUCAAAGAAGUUGAAGACAUAUAUUCAGCUACGCCCAUACAGGAGGGCUCCAUGGCCCUGACCGCGAGAACUCCUCAUGCAUGGCUCAUGAUUGCUCAUAUGGACAUACCCGCAUCCGAUCUGGCGAUGCUCAAGAGGUCAUGGGAAUCUGCAUUCCAGCGAUUCGAGCUAUUGCGCACCCGUAUCAUCCCAGGUCAAGACGGCGCUGCUCUGCAGGUUCUCAUGAAGAGUUGUCCUCUCACGUGGGAAGAAGUGCCGGAUGUUGAGACAUUCGCAAACUACGUAUACGAUAACCACGACUACGGCCAGCCGCUAGCUCGGGUUGGUUAUGCUAAGGCAGCCUCCUCAUCGCAAGAUGGGGAAGACACAAUUACCGUUCUUUUCAGCGCUUCCCACGCCCUCUACGACGGAUGGUCCUUGCGCCCCAUCUGGUCGAGGUUGUUCUCUAGUCCAUCAACUGAGGAUCAUGACAACGAUGAGAAAGCCACACAGUUCAAAGAGUUCGUACGAUAUCAGUCAGCAUUGGAUCCAGUGGAUGCCAUGGCCUUUUGGCAGAAGAAACUCAAAGGCACAUCGGGAGCGGAAUUCCCAGGUAAACCGGCAGAUGUGGCUGCAAGCUAUAUGCCCAUGGCCUCGUGGUCCAUGAAGCAGAAGCUGCCUCUUCCAACUCCAGACAUGCUUCGACAGUCUGGCGCAACAGUAGCGACCAUCGCACAAGCAGCGUGGGCGCUCACUGUGGGUCAUUUCACGGGAAGCAGUGAUGUCAUCUUCAGAACCAUUUUGUCCGGCCGCGCCGCUGCUGCCGCCAGUGUUCCAGGUAUCGAAGAGAUGGCAGGACCAACAGCUGCAUUUAUCCCCUACCGCACACGUAUCGAUCAUAGUGCUAGCAUCUCGUCUUUUCUGGCUCAGUGCCAGAGUGAUCAGCUCGAAGCUAUACCGCACGCUCACAUCGGGUGGGAGAAAAUAUCGCGGAUCGAUGAAGACUGCAACAAAGCAUGCAAACUGCACAGUCUGUUCAAUUUCCAGGCUGUUGCUUUUGAUGACCUGGACGCUCAGCCAGCUGGUAUCUAUUCGCCGAAAGUAUACGAGAAUCCCAAGGGCCUAUCUCCCAAUGCCCUCGACGUUGAUUUGGUGACUUUGGUGGGCGGAGAAGAGAUCCUGGUUACCUUCAGUUACGACCCUGUUAUUCUGCACACGUCACAGGUUGAGAGCAUCAUGGACACUUUCAUCACGCUAUUUGAACAGAUGUUUCAGAAACCGGCGUCAACUCCAGUGGGAGACUUGAGUGCACUGUCGCAGUCACAUUUGGAGACCCUCCAGCCUCAGCCGGCUGUGUUGAACAAUGGAUCCGAUGCGAGCUUUGCAUCGAGCGAAUCGUGCAUGCAACAUCUUGUACGAAAGCACGUCACUCGCAACCCAUUCCACCAUGCCAUUGAGUCCUGGCAUGAGUGCAUGACGUACAUGCAGCUCGAAGAUUACUCCAGCGUAUUGGCUGAGAGACUGGUACGGCAAGGUGUGCGAUCCAACCAAGCCGUCGGCCUAGUGCUCGACAAGUCACCAUGGGUCAUUGUCGCCAUACUGGGCGUCUUGAAAGCUGGGGGUUACGUUGUGCCCUUUAAUCCCAGUACGAUCAGCAACUCGUUACCUGACUUGCUGCACGACGCUAAAACAUCCAUCGUUCUAGUUUCGCCAGCCUAUGCGUCAUCUUUCGCGGACAUCUCUGGCUGUCGAUGCAUUGUUGUUGACAGUGAGACGUUGCCAGUACCCACUACAGCUUUCCUCAAGCCGGCCUAUCGCUCUCCGGUGCCUACAACAAGAUCAGACUAUGCAUUUGCAUUGCCGCCUCCCUCUGCAGACGCAGGUUCAGCUCCAACAUUCGUCACUCACGGAGAGCUCUGCGCUGCGCUGUUCCAAGUGGGGGAGCAGAUGGACAUGAGCACAGAUACUCGGUCCCUGCUUUACAACGAAACAUGGUCCUCUACCAUGCUCGUCGAUAUCCUGGCUCCGCUUGCAUACGGAGGUACAGUCUGCUGUCCGCCGCUAGGAAGCAGCAUUUCCGAUAUUGGCGAAAGCAUCAACUCGUUCGGUGUCAAUGCCAUCACAAUUCCCGUAGCUGUAUCUAGGGUACUUGAGCCGCAACACAUGCCGACCGUACGACAGAUAUGCUUAUACGGCGGUAUCCCGACACGCCACGAUGUGUCUCGAUGGAGCCAAAGUACCAGACUGUUUCUCGCCUGGGGCGUAGCAGAGAUGGGCGCGAUUGCAUUUCUGGGAUCUCCUUCACAAAGUCAACAUGGAGAGUUUGUCGGCACUUCCAUUGGGACUCAUGCGUCUGUCGUGAGCCCGUACAAUGUCUCUGAGCGUGCGCCACCAGGAGCAAUCGGAAUUCUCAAGCUUGGUCAUUCCAAUAUCUCUAGUCCACGUACUGGGCAAAGUGCGACUGAGGGGCUGCAGCGCUUCAGAGCCAACGUAGAUGGAACGCUGAGUCUAGUCGAGUCUACAGCUGAGCCCAAGCUGGCACUCAACGGCCAUAACAUCAAGGCCAGCGCUAUUGAGGAAGCAAUCCGACAGCAUCUACCCAGCUCCACGGACGUAGUGGUCGACAUGUACGCUCCAGAAGUACUAGGCGGCAACCUCCAACUUGGAGCCGUAGUAACGACAAGCGAGCAUGCAGCAUCAGCUGUGCAAAUCGUCUCGCCUCUCCUCCCCAAGCUCAAAUCAUCCCUUCCAUCCUCCAGCACGCCAGCCUUCUUCACAGCGCUCCCGGCACUCCCGCUCACAGCAGCCGGCCAGCUCGACCGGCCCCGUCUUCAGGCACUCGUGCAAACCGCAUCUGUCGACUCACUAAUAACGUGUGCUGAAACACAUCACGACGACGCCACUCUCUCGUCGAGCGAACGCCUACUAGCCUCGCUCUGGAUCAAAACGCUGCAGCUCGAUCCUGCAACGGAACUGAGCCGCAACGACCACUUCUUCGAUGGUUGGAGCGCCAAUUCGCUGCUUGCACUGCGGCUCACGGCGGAGCUGAAGCGAAGCGGCUGCAUGCUGCGUGUGCCGGAUAUAUAUGAGCAUCCUACGCUGGGAGGUAUGGCUGCGGUUAUGCGGGGGGAUGGGUUGGUCGUGUAG